ACCUGGAGGUGUUUCUUAAAAGAAAAAUACAUGAUCAUUCACACAGAAUAAUCUACACACUGCCUUGGCAACUGUACCUUCCUGAACAGCGCCUCUUUACAGUAGCCUACCAACUGUACAAGCAUCACGCGCAUGGGCUGGGAUCAGCAGGUAGGUGGAGCCAGCACAUUUUGCAAAUCUUACGCAAGAAUCGCGGAAUCCUGAUCAACCGCAGAGAGGCAAUAAUGUGGGCGAUGGUGUGUCGGUGUUACUCCUGUGUUUUUUCCAAGGUAGAGUGCUAAAGAGAGAUGGGCGUGACAACGGGCUGUCUGGACCACGAAUAGUCUCCGGGAGGAAAGAGCAUCUCGCAGUCUCCGAUGUACCCGAUGACAACGGAGAGGCAAUGCCGACUGUCCGGUCCAAUGGUUGUUCCAUCCAGCAUAGCUUCGCAGGUGGUGUUUUAACAACGGCACGACGUCCGAUAUUGAGGCCGCACGGGGAUUGACACAAUCCAAAAGGGAAUAAAAAAUCUAACGGACCUCCUUCGGCACACAUUAGCGGGUUGUGGCAGUGGGUUGAUUACAAAGUGCGUGGCAGAGAACAGCUGUGAGCCCACAUUGUGGCCGGCGGGCAUGGUUUUGGAGGGUAGCUCGGAGGCCCUGUGUCCCCCGCCCUCACUGGAGCUGCGCCCGUCCUGCAACAAGAGCCCCCUGGGUUCAUGCUCCACGCCCCACGACGGACUCUUCCCCGGGGACAAGGAGCCCGUCAAAUACGGGGAGCUCAUCGUCUUAGGGCACAAUGGUUCCUUGGCCAAUGGGGAUAAGGGGCGAAGGAGAAGUCGCCUGGCCCUCUACAAGAGACCCAAAGCCAACGGGGUCAAACCUGAUGUCAUCCACAAUGUCUCGACCCCUCUGGUGUCAAAGGCCCUCAGCAACAAAAGCCAGCACAGCAUCUCUUACACCCUGUCCAGGAGUCACUCGGUCAUUGUAGAGUACACUCACGACACCAACACAGACAUGUUUCAGAUCGGGCGUUCUACAGAGAGCAUGAUUGACUUUGUGGUGACGGACACAGCGGGCAGCAGCACCAAUGGUGGUGGCGGUGGGUGGCAGGUCCAGGGGGCGGCAGGCGAGGGGGUCGGAGGAGGGGGGCAGUCGGCCCAGAGCACAAUCUCCCGCUACGCGUGCCGCAUAAUGUGCGAGCGCAACGCCCCUUACACGGCCCGCAUCUACGCCGCCGGCUUCGACUCCUCCAAAAACAUCUUCCUGGGGGAGCGGGCUGCCAAAUGGCGAACGUCAGACGGCUUGAUGGGCCUGACCACCAAUGGCGUGCUGGUGAUGCACCCGGCGGGAGAUUUUGUGUCGGAACGGCGCCAGGCGUGUGGCGGGAGAUUCUCGGUGUGGAACGUCUUCGCCCUGCGGGAGACGCGCUCGGCCCAACAGAGGGGAAAUUGUAUAUGUGUGGAGAACGAGUCCAACACCCUGCAGGACGGCUCUCUGAUUGACCUGUGCGGCGCCACCCUCCUGUGGCGUACCCCGACGGGCCUGCGCCGCACCCCCACCCUCAAGCAGCUGGAGUCCCUCCGCCAGGAGCUGAAUGCCGCCCGGCCCCAGUGCCCCGUGGGUUUCAACACCCUGGCCUUCCCCAGUCUGGCCCGGCGAGAGAUUGUUGACAAGAAACAGCCCUGGGUCUAUGUCAACUGUGGUCACGUGCACGGCUACCACAACUGGGGCUACCGGAAAGACAAGGGCCACAACGUGGGCCCCGGGGGGACGGCUCCGGCGAGUACCGGGGAGAGGGAGUGCCCCAUGUGCCGGCGCGUGGGCCCCUACGUGCCCCUGUGGCUUGGCUGCGAGGGUGGGCUGUACCUGGACGCUGGGCCACCGACGCACGCCUUCUGCCCCUGCGGCCACGUGUGCUCUGAAAAAACUGUGGCGGGCUGGAGCCAAAUCCCGCUGCCGCACGGAACGCACGCCUUCCACGCCGCAUGCCCCUUCUGCGGCACCUGGCUGACUGGCGAGCAGGGGCACAUCAAACUCAUCUUUCAGGGGCCCGUCGACUGAGGCUGGAGCUGAGUGGCUGAGAUAGGGGGCAGGGUAGAGGGAAGGUGGACUGGGGAAAUGUCUAAAAGGACUGUCUAUAAGGAAAAGUGAAGGGACAAGAAUAGCAAAGACUGUCGAAAUGACGAUGGACUGAACUGAAGAAAAGAGGCAAACGUGAUGGAAGUAGAUGAUGCAUAAAUGGCAUUUGAGUUGUAUUUGGGGAAGAUGUAAAUAAAAGGUGUUGAAAUGAA